UCGGUUGCCUAGCAACCGGUGUGUUAGACUUAAGUUUCCGCCGUCACAGAGAGAACAAGUUAGCGAAGUAGCGGCUGCCUUAAAAUGUUUAACGUCGAGUUAAUUUCCGAGCGCGUCGCCAGAGAGAGUCUGGAGAGGCGCCGUCAGAGAGAGGCGGAAAGGCGGGAAAGGAUUUUUAAUGAGAAAUUCCGGAUUAUCGGGGUGGAUAAAAAAGCCUUAGAUUUGCAGCUGCAAGAGAAGAAGAGUCGAGAAGAAGAAGCAAAAAGAGAACAGAACACCUACAAUGCUGAAAUGCACAAAUACAACAAAGCAGCUUGCCUGAUCCAAAGAGGACAAACGAAGGAGAAGCGUGUGAUGGAAAAGGCCACAGCCACUUUCUGGCAUCAGAACCAGCAGCCUCAGAACUGCCGUGAGUUUGACCUGAACGACCCAGACAGUUUGAGGAAAACUGAUGCUCAGAUGGUGCUUCCCGGCCUGGUGGGCGAGGACCCAGAGAAAAAGAGCCGACUGCAGAGACAGAGGGAGCAGCUCAGAGAUUGGCUCAUCCAGCAGCAGGACGAGCAGGAGGAGGACCGGCUCCAGCAGAAGAUGGAAGAGCUGCACUAUGACCAGAGCAGAAUAGAGAUGGAGAACACAGCUCUAGAACUCCAGAACCUUGAGAUGGAGAGGAGAAAAACAGCCACUAUUGCUACUACAAACUAUAACCUGGCUAAGAUUGAGGAAAAACGCAACCAGGAAAGGGAGCGUUGUGAUGAAGUUUGUGCUCAGUCCACCGUGGAAGCCCUUGGCCUUUCUCCCAGUAAUGACAGGAGAGCUGCUCUCGAGACCCAGCAGGAGAUCAUUCAGUUCCAGCAAGGCCAAAUAGAGGAGAAGAAGAGGAUCGAGUUGGAGAAGAAGCGAGAGGAGGAGAACUACGAUCGCAUCCAACUGGACUUGGCCCGUAAAGCUCUGCUGAUGGAACGGCAGCAGGCGAGGCUGAACAAGCAGCUGAGGAGACACUUGGACCGCACCAACACUGAGCUGGUCCAAACACAUUUGCAACAGAAGCCGGAUCUUAAAAGAGGACACAUUGAAGACAUCUUCUUCUCCAAAUUCAACACCUGCAGCAGAUGAUGGACAGUUACUGCAAUAAAGCUGCAUGAGAAGCACAACAAGU